GGCAAAAGAUCACUGAAAUGUUGAGCUUGGGUGACUGGAGGAUGAUGGUACAAUUGACAAUGAAUAGGAAACUUGGAGGGAAGGGCAGAAAAGGACUGACACUGGGGUGAGGUGCAAAGUUUUUUGUUUUUGUUUUUCAUUCCAUAUAUAAAACCACUUAUAUUCCACAUAUAAAACCUAAAGUGCCCCCAGAUGUGGAUAUACUCCCAUUGAGGUCACAAUGUCUAUUCUGAGUUCAUGCCAUUCUAUUCUUUUUAGGUGUUUCUAAAUAGCAUUUUAGUUUCAGCCCUUAAGAUAAAAAUAGUUUUCAGGGUCACUGUGCAUCCACGGGAUUUCCAAAGCAGCUAACUCUUCAGGCUUACACCUUAUAACACCACCUGGGGAUGUUCCUAAUCCUUCACCUGGAUUGUUUUUGGAAGAAAACUAUAGUUAUGGUGCUCCGCUUCCGUAUUCCUCUCCUUUUGCCAUGUGAGUGACAACUGGGCUGCGUUUAAUUUGGUUAAGUUAUGCCCAGAUCCUUGAAGGAGAAAACAUAUCAUUCUAGUAAUUUUAUUAGACUCAUGUUUCAGACAAAUGGAAAUAAAAUCGCCUUUUAAAAAUGAAGGACACGUAUAAAUGAAUAAAAUAGUAAUAAUAACAAAAGCCACCCGUGAUUCCUGAUCAACGGUAUAAGGCAUUUUAUGAUAUGUUGAAGGGAAAGGAGACACCCAGGGGAAAGGGGAGAAGAAGCAAAAAAGCAAAACAACCCUAACCCUCAGUUUUCCUUUCUGCCUUUCUCUUUCAAAGGAAUUUAAUUUGCCUGUUAUAAAGUGAAGCAUGAAAAGCUACUGGUAAAAUUGGUACUUGUCCCACAUGGUGCUCAGAGCUUAAUAGUACAGGUGGACGCAAGCGGCUGGCUGCCAAAUACUUUUGGUUUAGAGGGAGGGGUGGGAGUGCAUUCUCAGAACCACUCCUGGAAUGGCUUAGCUUGCUUCACACAAAUCAAUGACAACCUCCUGUCGGCUGCAGGCACCCAUGAGCUACUUUUCCACUUUAAUUCCUAUAAAGCGACACUGGUGGCUUUUAUGAUAGGAGCCGGGCUGGAGAGAGGAGACCGAAGGGACAGCAAGUUUCAAAUUCUCUCCUGCUAGCCUUUCCCCCACCCAUUGAAAAGGGCUCCGGAUGAGAACAUGGCCAAUGGCAUUGAUGAACUGAUCGGCAUUCCCUUCCCCAACCAUAGCAGUGAAGUCCUGUGCAGCCUGAACGAACAGCGCCAUGACGGCUUACUCUGUGACGUCCUGCUGGUGGUCCAGGAGCAGGAGUACCGGACCCACCGGUCAGUCCUGGCCGCCUGCAGCAAGUACUUCAAGAAGCUCUUCACAGCAGGCACUCUGGCUGACCAGCCUUACGUCUAUGAGAUUGAUUUCGUCCAGCCAGAGGCUCUGGCUGCCAUCCUGGAGUUUGCCUACACAUCCACCCUCACAAUCACAGCCUCCAAUGUCAAACACAUCUUGAAUGCCGCCAAAUUGCUAGAGAUCCAGUGUAUUGUUAACGUGUGCCUGGAGAUCAUGGAGCCUGGAGGGGAUGGGGAAGAGGAGGAUGACAAGGAGGACGAUGAUGACGAAGAUGAGGAGGAUGAGGAGGAUGAGGAGGAGGAAGAAGAUGAAGAAGAUGAGGAUGAGGAUGAUGAGGCAGAGGAUUUUGCUGAUCAGGAAAAUCUGCCUGAUGCCCAGGAUAUCAGCUGCCACCAAAGCCCUUCUAGGACAGACCAUCUCACGGAGAAGGCCUAUGCAGACACCCCCAGGGACUUUUCCAACCCUUUCCAGGCUAAUGGCAGCCCUGGUCAUCUGGGAGUCAUCCGCGAUUUUUCCAUUGAGUCUUUAUUGAGAGAAAACCUCUACCCCAAAGCCAACAUCCCUGACAGAAGGCCUGCCUUAUCACCCUUUUCCCCAGGCUUCUUUCCACACCUCUGGCCUGGAGAUUUUGGUGCCUUUGCUCAGCUGCCUGAACAGCCCAUGGACAAUGGACCUCUGGACCUGGUCAUCAAAAAACGGAAGAUCAAGGAAGAGGAGAAGGAGGAGCUGCCCCCACCACCGCCAGCCCCCUUCCCUGGGGACUUCUUCAAGGAUGUGUUUGCUGAACUCCCUGGGGGACCCCUGGGACCCAUAAAAGCUGAGACCGACUAUGGCGCCUAUCUCAACUUCCUGAGUGCCACCCACCUAGGUAGCAUCUUUCCCCCAUGGCCCCUGGCGGAGGAACGGAAGCUAAAGCCCAAGGCAUCCCAGCAGUGCCCCAUCUGCCAUAAGAUCAUCAUGGGGGCAGGGAAGCUGCCCCGGCACAUGAGGACGCACACAGGGGAGAAGCCGUACAUGUGUAACAUCUGCGAGGUUCGAUUCACCAGGCAGGACAAGCUGAAAAUCCACAUGAGGAAGCACACAGGUGAGCGGCCUUACCUGUGCAUCCACUGCAAUGCCAAGUUUGUGCACAACUAUGACCUCAAAAACCAUAUGCGCAUUCACACAGGUGUCCGGCCCUACCAGUGUGAGUUCUGCUACAAGAGCUUCACCCGCUCAGACCACCUCCACCGCCACAUCAAGCGCCAGAGCUGCCGAAUAUCACGGCCCCGCCGCGGCCGCAAGCCUGCCGCCUGGAGGGCUGCCAGCCUUCUCUUUGGCCCCACUCCCCCAACGGAGGAGAAGGCCUUCAUGGUGCCGCCGACCCUGGGGGAGAUCGGGGGCCAUCUUGGCGGGGGAGCCAUGUGCCUGCCAGGCCCCAGCCCCCCCAAGCACUAUCUGGGGGCCCCGAAGGGGACCCUCAGCCUGCAGGAGCUGGAGCGACAGUUUGAAGAGACACAGAUGAAGCUGUUUGGGAGGGCACAGCUGGAGGCAGAGAGGAAUGCCGGGGGCCUCUUUGCCUUCGCCUUGGCAGAGAACAUGGCCUCCCGACCCUACUUCCCCCUCCCAGACCCAUGGAGUGCCGGGCUGGCCGGACUCACGGGGCUGGCAGGACUCAACCACAUGGCCUCUAUGUCCGAAGCAAACAAUUAACCCUAACUUUUUUCAUGCCCAUCUCACCCCUGCUCCUUUUCCAUAUCACAACACCCAAUCGCCCUCUUCCUCCCCUUUUCCCUUGCCCCAAGACGGGUUUUGUAAGUUCUCUACAUUUUAUUUUAAAAAAAAGAGAAAAAAGAAAAAAAAAAAAAAGAAUAGUAGCAAAGCCACACAGCCCAGGCCUCCUUGGGCAGCAGCCACCAAUUUUCUCACUCCAAAGAAGAGAAAUCACCUUCUAAGGGAAAUAGCUAUUCACGACUGGACACAAAACCUAAGCGGACCUGGAUCUUAGCCUCUUUCGUCUGUCUCCCUCCCACAGGAGCCAGGGAGGAAAUAUUUUCUUAGUUGUAGCAGUAACUAGAUGGAGCCAAUUUGUCCCGAAAGGCAAGGAGGUGGGUGGGGGAGGGGGUUGCACCCAUGGCUGCAGAAGCUGGGGGACCUUGCUUGCUUUAGUUCUUUGAUGCUCUCCCUCAGGCAGAAGCCACUAGGUCAGUACCAAUGCAGAUUCCACAGUUCCAAAUGGGCUUCUAAGAGCUUUCCCUUAGCCUAUCUGAAGGGAUAUGAACCUUCCUAUUUUGGAAGGAUAACGGCAUCACCCAAAGGAAGAGAACUCUGGAGAGAAAGGAUUCCUGCUGGAUUCUGCUCUUCUACUGACUGGCUACAUGACUUUGGGCAGGUUACUUCCCCUGUCUGUACCUCAGUUUCUCCCAUCUCCAUAAGGGCCCUCCCAUACGUGUCUCUCAAAGGAAGUUGAGAGGAUUAUUUAGAGGCUCUGUGGGAGGUGUUCUGAACUCCUAGGAGAAAGGCCAGAAGAAACUUGGGCUUAUUGUUUUUUGUGUUCCUUGAUAAAUUCCCAAAAUGGUGGGAAUGGAAUGAGGUUCACAUCAAAAGAUCAUGCAAGAAGGGAACCACACUGCUCCCCUUCUGAUGCCUCAGACCUGAGAGUGACUUUUAGGGGCUCAGAAGACUUUUCUUUUUGUCAUUAGUAGAAACUUCCUUUUCAAAGGAAGCAUCUAUGAAAAAAAAUCCAGUACACCAUUUCUCCUUAGUGAUUUUUCCAAGGCCUGGGACCUAUUUCUUCUGUUCACAGUUCAAGUUCACCACCCCAACAGGUCUUGGGGAGCACCAGUACUCACCUAGAAGGUGGUCAGCUGGAUAAGUGUUUAUUUUAAACCCCAGUAUGCCUCACUUCUACUGCUUUCCCUCUUCCCUACAACCUUCCUGGAAACUGUGUUCACGUGACUCCUGCUGAUCCAGGGGUUGAUUUUUUUUUAAUCAUUUUGUUGUCCAGGGGUUUCUUUUUCCUCCCUCCCUGGCUACCUAAUGUGUUUGUUUCUCUUCCUUUGAGCACCUCUGCAAAAGGCUGGAUGGAGAAAAUCAAGAAACUGAAAGCCCAAAUCCCUGUGUCUUGCUCCUUGUAGGAAGCUAUAGUAUCAAGCUUGGCAGGCAAAAGGUUACAGUGAUUAGCUAAAAAAAAUGUUUGGGCUUCUCUGUGGAUUUUAUCUGGCCACAGUACUCAGACUAUUCCCUGGGGAUCAGGGAUAUUUGGAAGUGGCUUGAUAGCUGUUGGCCAUGCAAACUUGAACCUAAAGAGACACUGAAAGUGAAGAAAGCUUUACCUGCCAGACGUUCUCCAAUUCAGGGUUGUUCUGCUUUCCUUGAGACAUUAUAAAUUUCUAUAAACAUGCUAGGGAAGCAGUCCAUUGAGAGAGGCUUUUGGGAGCUGGGGUAGGAUUGGACUGAUAAAGACUAAGAAGAAUUCAUUAGAGUUCCCUUUCCCCAGACCCAUUGACUGGAUCCACUGAGAACUCCUCACCUCCCACCUCCACUUACCAACACACACACACACACACA